AUGAAUUUUGAUUUAAAAGAAGAUGCUAAAAAAGGAAUUGAAGUACAUUUUGAUGCUGCUUUAGAAAAAGUUUAUAAUCACAAGCGAUUUGUUCCUUCUUUAGUUUCUGAAUGCAUUGAAGGGAAAAGAAAUGAUAUUUCAAGUUUUAAUAAUAAAGAGAAACAAGGAAUUCAACAUUUCGCCAACAUUCUUUACUAUUUAUCAUUUAAAAAUAGUAGAAGAGCAUCUAAACAUGGUAUGGCUCGAGAAUUUGUUAAAGAAUUGGAAAAGAAAUUGAAAAUACCAGAAACUUUAAUUUCUCAAAAAAGAAUGCAAACAUCAAAACAAUCAAAUGAAUUUCGUGAAAAGGAAGAAAAUAAUUCGAAAAAUAAUGUAACGAACUAUUCAAUUUUUAUUAACAGUUAUGAAGAUUUUGUUACAUAUCUUGCAGAAAAAACUGUUCCUCAAUUUCUUGAUGAAUUGGGAGAAAUUGGAGAUAUUAAGAAGGUUGAAGAAAUAAUUGAAAAUUACAUUGAAGAGGAAUAUUUGCCUGGCCAACCUCAAAGGGAUAGUUUUGCAAUUUUGCUUGAAAAAUUAAAGAUAAAUGCAAGAGACUUAUGGAAAAAAAGUCCAAUGGAGGAGCAAAUAUCAUUUGUUUUUUUAUCAAAUAAGAAAUAUCUUUUUGUUGGAAAAACAAUGAUAAAAGAAAGUGCCACAAUUAGUGAAAUAAUAGUUAAAGCAGUUACUAUUGUGGUAAAGUCUAACAUCAAGCCAGAUGAAACAAUUGAAAAACUGCUAUCUUUUUUUGCCUUUAAAUUUGGCAUUACAGCAAAAGCAUUUUUUAAGGAUUCAAGAAAAUAUAAUAAAUUAGUCAAGAAUAUUUAA